UGCUUAUUUGGUGAAUAGAUUUUCGCUUCAAAAUUGAAUGUGCACGAUAAGUUUCUAUGCAAAUCACAAUGCUCAACAUAAAGUAACUAUUUAAUUUGGGUUAAACCCGAAAAAGAAGCAAAAUAAAAAAUUGGCGCCUUCCUGUCUCCAAACGGGAACAUUUCAGCGUCUGCGUAUUUUUGUCAGUAUCUUAUAUCCUUAGUCGACAAGCAAACCUUCUGUUGCAGAUUCGUUGAUUUACCUGCAGGAUAAAACUUUGCGACGGUGCCGAAAAUGGCUUCCAACGAAUCGUUUCGAAUUUUGGGCUUUGUGUACGGCAUUCUGAGUGUUGUGGGGAGUCUUUUUGAGGUGUUAAAAUGUGCAGUAAGAUUGAGUGUUGGUCAAGUUAAGUGUCAUUCGAGAUGUUUAAAUUCAGACGGUAAUAGUAUGGUUAGUUACUGCACCUUAUCACUUCCAUUUUGUGCGUUGUGGUUGAUGUUUUCAAUAUUUUUAGUUGUUGGAAUCAAGCAGAGAAACAUAGUUCUAGUGAAAGCCCACCGAUGGUUCCUGAUAAUCAGCUAUGCCAUAAUUUUGUCCGUUUUGGGAAUCUCAAAUUUACUGCUUAGGAUGUAUUACAAGGGUGACGACAUAAAACUGAUUCAAAUGAGUGUCUUUCUCGUACUAAUCAUCAUGUUGGUUUGUUACAUCGUUUCAUUGUGGAUAGUCAACGGAGUAAUUGGAUAUGUCGUAACAAACAGUUCCCAGAACAAUACGGAAGUGGUUGUGUUCUAUCCGGAAGCUCAGAAAAACGUCUACGGAAAUUAUUACGCUGCUGUUUAAAACUUUUAGUAAAAUCAUUUCUUAAAUUUAACCACUACAAAUUAAGAAGCAUGAAUAUCUCAGCCAUAUGAUAAUCACCAAAAGAGUCUAGACUGAUUAAGAGAAAGAGCAUCCUAUGCGGAAAGGGGUUGCUCCCAACUGGCGUCAAACUGUCCCGAUCUUUAAAUUUUGGCGUCUGCGUGCUCGAUAGUAAUCUUCACCAUUCAGUUACGCUUUCACUGUGAUGUCUCACUCGAGUGUGCAGUCCUUCCCGUAGUAGUUGCGAGGAAAAUCUCUGCCCAAAAAUGGUUUCCGUUGAAACAUUUCGCGUGCUGGGCUACGUAUAUGGCAUUUUGGGCAUAGCGGGAAGUACCUUUGAGAUGACCAAGUGCAUUCUGCGGAUUGCUAUUGGGCACAUCGAGCACCACCAACGGCACUUCAAUUCGGAACAUUUUCGACAGGCUCAGGAUGUUAGUACGGUGUUUGCGCUGCCGCUGUGUGCCUUGUGGAUGGUGUUUUUCGUCAUUUUGAUACUGGGAAUUAAGCAGAAAAAUCUUAUUCUAGUGAGGGCCCACAAAAUGUUUCUGAUAAUCAGCAACGCCAUUGGGUUCAUCAUUCUGGGCAUUGGAAUCCUCGUGCUGACAAUUUUCUACAACGAAAAGGAUGCAAAGUUGGCAAGGGUCAUCCUGGUCAUUGUACUUGUUAUUGGAUUAGCGUCCUACCUGUUGGCCCUGUGGAUCGUCAACGGGGUGAUCCGGUACAUCGAAACGGACCGGAUCAUCAACAAUACCGAGGUGGUCAUUUUUCAUCCGGACGUGCAGCAUCACGUUCAGUUCGAGUAUGAUUACACUCCAGUUUAGGAAGGGGCAGCAAUACUAUGAUAAUGUACGUAAAAAUUUAGUGAACUAAACUACUCGCCGUUUGUUAUGAACUACUCAGGUAAUAAAAAUGUGUUUCAAAUUGAGCUACAGUACUGAACAUUGAUGAUUAAUAAAGAUUUACAAUUAAUCGAUAGCAAA